AACAUUCCUGGAUCAAAAUUAUUGCUGGCAUGGAAAAUGGUACCACACAAUUUAGGUAUAUUUUCUGUCCACUCGAACGGUCCCACUGGACUUGAGCGGUAAAAACAAGCAAUAUGGAAGAUUCCAUCAACUUGAGCACGAGCAUGUGUGACGGUGAGGCGUCCUUGCUGAAUCAUAACGUGAGUUUCAGCAGCACAAUGGUUACGUCCUCCCUGGAUCAUUCAGUGCCCAAACUCAGUGUGACUCUCUCAGACGCGGAGAUCCUAAGGCUGCGAUUGAGACAGCCAGUAAACGGCUCUACCUCGCUAGAUGCAACUGCGCCAUUAGAGUCCAACCAAGGAGACGGAACAUUGCAGGAGGAUGAAACGGAGAGUGAGCGGGUCAUUGACAUAGAGGACACUUUGGAGAUAACCGCAGACAAAUCGCAGGUUGGGGCUGGGGACCAGGAACCUUCCUGGGUUGCUCCUCUCGAGUACUUCGGGAGCAAAAUCGUUGAGCUUGGGCGACGUACCUGGAGCUCGUCAGCAAAGGCACAGCAAUACACGAAGGGCUGCUACUGGUCCCCGGACGGUACUUGCCUUUUGGUACCCGUCCAUUUUGACGGAAUGCACGUAAUGGAGCUGCCCACCGAUCUCUACUCAGAGCCAACGGUGCAGGAGACACGACCCCUUACCAAGCUUCAGUCGGCCGUACACGUACCUGAGGGCGGAACUGUUUACGACUGCGUCUGGUUUCCGCACAUGAAUAGCCAGCAACCGGAGACCUGCUUCUGGCUGGCCACGAGACAGCACGAGCCUAUUCACAUGUGGGACGCCUUCGACGGUUCACUGCGUUGCAGCUACAGUGGGUACGAUGCCGUGGACGAAGUCAUGGCAGCCAUUUCUUUGGCGUUCUCUCACGACGGCCAGAGGGUGUACGCGGGCUAUAAGCGGUGCAUCAAGAUCUUCAACACCAGCAGGCCUGGACGAAUAUCGGAUGAUUACCCCGUUAAGUUUGCCAUAUCGUGCAUUGCCCAGACCAGCGAACACCCCAACACUCUGACCUGUGGCAACUGGCACGGCUAUAUACAGCACUUUGAUCUGCGUUGCAGCCAGAGGCUAGGUCCACUCUUUACCCUGGGAGGGCACAAGGGCGGCAUAACACAGCUGCGUUACGGCGAGAACGGAUCCGGAGAGUGGAAUCUGUUCAGUGGAGCUCGCAAAUGUGGCAAAAUUUUGCAGUGGGACAUGCGAAACUACAAGAAACCGGUAGUUGAGUUCCAGCGUCAUGUGGACACCAAUCAGCGCGUUCAAUUCGACUUCACGCCUGACCGCCGUUGGCUUGCCAGUGGUGACACGCGUGGAGCCGUAAAUGUCUGGAAUCUCCAAGAACUCGGAGAAGCCUCCGUGCUGCCCCUGCACUCUGACUGCUGCAACGGAGUGGGCCUCAACCCAGUAAUACCAAUUCUGGCCACAAGUUCUGGGCAGUAUCACUUUACAGAUCGCAAUACCCAUAGAGACACUUUAAAGGACUCGAAAAUAGCAGAGCAAGAGACGACUGACGAUCCGAACCCCGAUCAGCUGGAAGUGAUCUACGAAAACGCAGUUAUCAUGUGGUGGUGCGGCCAAGGUGCAUCAGAAUGAACACUGCCAUAGUUGAGUAAAUAAUACAAAAGCCGUCUUUAUUUUUGAAUCGA